GGUCACCCUGGACGACGCCGAUGUUUGUUGGAACAGAUGAAUUCAUCUAUUUUAAAACACAUUAAUUUUAUAAUUGGGAAUGGCGAAUAGCGAAGGCCAUGUACUGUCGGGUGUUCACUGCGUUGGCAGUGCUGAGGCUCUCACGGGCUCCGAUGGUCAGCUUCAAACCUAUGCCAGUGGAUAUCACCAUCGUUUGUCCUCAUUCACGAUUAGCUGCAAUGUAAGCCCUCUAGACGGAUGGGUCAUGAAAUUCUUGGCUACUAGUGAUACUGAAUCCUGCUUGUCCGAAGAGCGAGAGCCCAUUGAUGAUCUACAGCUGGAUGAUGAUGGUGAUCCAGUAUUGAAUCGGAGGGCAGCUCGCCAUACUGAAGUGACUACAGCGCAGCAGACAUGCAUUGCAAUUGAGCACAGCAUGGCGACGGCGUUGAAAGACGUCGGCCUCCAGGUGUGGUCCAGUGCCUUUCUUCUGUGCGAUUUUAUCAUCUGGCAGCGAGCGCUAUUCCGUGACAGCACUGUACUCGAGUUGGGUUGUGGACCGGGGCUAGUUGGAAUCGUGGCAGCUGUGUGCCGCCCGAAGGCUGUCAUUUGCACCGACAUUGCGGAUGUCCUUCCGCUUUGUAAGAGGAACAUUGAGCGCAACCAACACCUGUAUCCACCGGGUGUGGUGACGCUUGUUAAGGAUUUAAACUGGUUGAAUGACUACGGGGAAUUUUCCUCGUCCCCGUCUGAGUUUGGCUGGAAUGCUGAGCACCUUCGUUUGACUACACAUGCGGAUUAUUUGCUUGCCAGUGAUGUGGUGUACGAUGAAGACCUCACAGAAGCGUUCUUUCGGUGGUUGCAUUACCUCAUGUCGUCUUCUCCAACUAUGACUGCAUUCCUUGCGACAGAGAAGCGGCUGAACUUCUCUGUCGACCUGCUAGAAGUCGCCAGUCCAGCUCAUGCUCAUUUUGAACAAUGUAUGGAGCAGCUGACCAACUGCAACUGUGACAUGCACCGUGGUAUGGAGUUUCGAGCAGCUCAAAUUCCACUUGAAUUCCCGUGUUACAACAUGAGGGCUCGCUCACAGCAUAUGGGUAUGAUACGAAUUGUCUUGCAACCGGAUGCUAGCGAUGCAACAUAGAUCUACAAGCCCGUGCCGAUAUUGGUCUCACUAGCUACAUGAAGUAGGUAAAAACGACUUACCGUUGCCGUUCGAACGACCCUGUAUAAGAUGGCCACCGCACUGCAGGUUGCACCCUACGCGUAUGGCAGAAUCCUGGAUCAAGCAAUAGUUACCGGAAAUAUUAUGAGCACCCCGGGUGAUGCUGCUGCUGCUGCUGCUGCUGAGCACUGAAUUCUUGGGCCGCCCUCUCAUCUUGUCAGUUACGCUGCUCAACAGAGUACUCUUUUCCCGAUUUCCAACCCAGCUUGUUAUGGGAAGAAAACGUGUGCCUCUAUCAGCGUUCGACUGCUGUGAUAGAUUGUUGUUUGAGGUCGGGACUAGCUGCAGGAUGCGCCGGUCUCUGAAGGUUUGGUGUUGAUAAGAAAGGAUGGACAUGUCGCCAACUUCCUUGGAUUUAAUUCCAGCGCCUGUCUACAUGUUAGUGGUCGCAGGGAGGUGUAAUGAACUGAGGUUUGUGAAAAAGUGGCUGCGUUCGUUCAGCUGACAAUGCCACCAGCUAUUUUGCUAGUGUGUACUCUUACGAUCACUUUUUGCUCCUCUGAUUUCGGUGAAGAUACAUUUUAUUGUUUGGUCGGAGCUCUCUGUUUACACCACUACCUGAAUAUUGAAAUGUCUGUUGCUUUCGGCUGUUAGCAAUGCCUGUUCCGCUGUAAAGUGAGCUCACUUGGUGAUGCUCCUGCUAUGUAUUCAUGUACAUGUAGGACAAUGUAAGUCACUGUACUUCAAGUGCGGUCUACAAGUAUUUCUACUUUCUCCGACUCUGUGUGAUAAUCAGUACGUGCUCGCCUUGCCUGAACGCUCUACUCACAUUGCAGUGCUCUACGUGUCUGUGUACUAGUUGACUGAAUAAUCUUCCAUGCGUUAUCGUUACCCUUUUUUUCUCAAUACCCGGAUCACAGCUAGCGUUUUGCAGUCGAUCAGCUUGUAGAGGCUUCGCUGUUCUGGGCCAACCAAGGAAGCCGUGUUCUUCCUCGGCUGUAAUAUCUGAAGAAUUUUGAAAGGUGGCUCAAGUGUCA